UUCCCCCGGAAGCGUCCCUAGUUUAAAUAAAAACUGGAGUUGUUCAGACAAAAUAAUUACAAAUUGACAAUUUAAAGAAAGCCUCAACUAGUUUCCUCAAAUACUCCAACGACGAUACAAAAUGUGCGGUAACUUCAGAUGGAAUUGGAUCGGAUUAGAUUAAUUCUUGACAAUUUGUGUACCUCACUGGGGGCUAUAUAAAGCUCAACCGCAAAGUGUCCUCGGUCGACUUGAUCAUCAUUUGACAACAGCGCAUCAUGAUGCUGUUCCAAUUGAUACCGUUCCUUCUAGCUGCACAACUAGACGUGACAGACAACAAUGCGUGGGAAUUUGGGCCGGAAUACCACUUUUCUGGCUUCGCGAAGAUGAUAACUUCUCUGGAGCAGGACAUGGGAAAAGCACUCGGUACGGGAGUGUAUUUUAAUUUGACGUGCCGUCCACGAGAGCCUGAUGUUCUGAGAUGUCGACUGCUGAAUACCACAAUCACACGUCUGAAGCCUCAAGGCUUCAGCGUUGAUAACGCAGAACCAGACUCCAACGAUACUCAUAGAGUCUUCAAUAUCAUCAAAGUUCCAUUCGAGGUGAAAUUCAAUGAGAGAGGGAUUGACACCUUCAUCACAGAAGGCAAGGAUGCGCCAGUUUGGAGCAUCAAUCAGGUUGGACUGAUCACCAGUCAACUGAAUAUUGGUAUCGAUGACUAUUACGAGCUGGGAUCGACCCACAAAGCUCGGGAGAACUUUACAGUUGGAGAAUGCGAAGUGAAUUUCACGAUAACUAGACAGCAAAUUGCUGAACAUAAACAGGGAAACAAUGAUUUCAAAUUGAUACCGCUGGGGAAACUUGAGAAGUUAGCGGGUGGAUCGAUUUUGGUGAAUAAAGAAAGACAUGUUAAAGAUUGCAUCAGAUGCGUUGAACCAUUCUUCGGAUCUCGUUAUACUUUGGGACUUUUGUUGAGAGAUGUCAUCACGAAAUUGAAAACAUCAAUCAGCAGAAUUUCGAUAUCUAAACACGACUUCACAUCAGACACUAUCAACGAGAGUGACGUGUAUGAUGAAAAUCGUAAAAAAUCGGGCAAAGUUAUGGACCACAUGAAGCUGACGUUGGAAUCAAUCACUCCAGCCAAGGAGAAAAUUCAGCAAUUUUCGAAGCCAUUGGUUUACGGUGGUCUGGUGGAUCUGGUCAGAUUAAAAAGCGCAAAUCUCUGAGGUUGAACUUCAGAGACUAUUCUGAUGUUCAAUAAUAACAUAAAGCGUUCGCUGUAUCCUCUGAUUAUCUAAUAGUUGGUCUCCCUGUAGCUAAUUAAAUAAAAAGCGAUCAGUAUUCUGUUGACAAA